AUGACAAAAUCCUCGGAAGUCCCGGUCAACGUUCUUUGCAUCGAGCCAGACUCCGGUUUCCGCUGUCUCCUCUCCUUCCUUCUCGUGGAUGAUCUUAUGACCCGAGUCACCCGGCGUAUGGAAACCUCUCGGCGGACCCCAAUCAGACAUGUUUUCGACCUGGUCGGUGGUGAAGGCAGUGGCGGAAUCGUUGCACUUCUCGUCGGCCGCCUCGGUCUCAGCACAGCUUCAGCACCGGGUAUACUUCGUGAUAUGAUGUCCAAGUUUUGUCCAUGGGGUGGAACUAAACGCAAUGCCUUGGGGGUUCACCGGAAUAAGCCAUUUGUGUCGAAAUGUGUACAACCAGCUUUUGAGAGGUUGGAUGAGGAGGACGAGUCAAAGGUUUACUACAACAAGGAUAGUGUGCGGACUUGCAUUCUUGCAUCGUUGGAGCAAGCUCCACAGGGGAAAAGACUUUCAAAGAAAAUCAAGGAUUGGGCUGAGAGCGUGAGGGUAGCUAUCAAGGUCAUUCCCAUGAAACUUUAUUCACGCCUCAAAGCAGGAAAAGUCUACUCAACCAUGAUUUUCUCUACCGAGAAGAUCACUGAUCCCACCAUCACCACGGGCCCUAGCUCCUACACCCUCAAAGAGCGCUUCCGUACCUACGACCGGACGCUCUCCCGCGCCAACGUCUAUAUCUCAGACGUUGCACAAGCAACCUUUACACAUGACAACCUUGUAGCUCCCAAAAUCAUCAAUGGACGCAGCUACGGUUCCGCCUACCCUAGCACCAACGCUAUCCUCGACAUUAUCGACGAAUCCAACGCCCUCUUCUCCACGCGCCCGCUCGGUGUCGUUGUCCGCAUUGGCGGUGAGUUUAUACACUCUCUCGACACACCGAGCCUGGGCAGGACGGGAGAGAAGGAGCAUGAUGGAUUCUUGGAGAAGAUGCCUAAUAUGGAGAUGGUCUUCCAGAUACCGCUCCCGGAAGUCCAAUAUGAGGCCGAACUCAUGGAUGAGCCGGAUAGGGUAUUUGGGGUGUUUGAGAAGUGGAUUCAAAACCCGCAGGUAGUGGAUAGAUUAGAGAGGUGCGCCGAGGCGUUGUGUAAUGCUGGCAUCAAGGAGAGGUCGGAGUGGUAUCCACGUGAUGCGGUGAAGGAUAUUAGGACGUAA